AGAGAGCCAAGCAACCAUUUUGUAAUCAAAACAACAAAAAUCCAACAUUAAAUAAACUAAAUAACAACAAAUAUUUAGAGAGCCGAGUAUCCUUCCAUGGUUUUUGUCCUCCCUCUCCGUCUGCUGUUGUUGGUCUCUGUCUUUCAGCUGUUUUAGAGAAACAGGAAGUAGUAAAAAAAAAAAAAAAACAAAGCAAAACAAGGAAGUGCAGGCAGUGAGCAGCAGCAGAAGUCUGAGAUCAUGUAUUGUGUUACAGCUUGGUGAAAACAGGGCAGUCGGAAAGAAUAUAAGUAAAAUUAACAAAACAAAGGGGAGAAAAUCAUCAGCAGCGUCACAGCGAGUCGUACGUCUGCAGCACAGACACAAAGGAGACAGUGUCCACUUCAGUAAGACAGAGGCUUCCACCCUGAAAGUCCCUCUCAUCGUGUUAGCGUCUCCCCCUGACGGUCAUGGAUGCCUCAGGAGGAAACAGGAUCUGUCUGAAGGAGGAGGACCUGCCGCAGAUGGACGGCACAUGCGAUGCGUGUGAACCGGACGAGCCUCAGCCAGCGGUGUGGGUUUGCAGUCGCUGCCGCUUCGCCUUCUGCGGCAGCCAUGCAGACAGCCACUCCCUGAGCACGGGUCACCCCCUGCAGGCGUACGGCACCCCCGAGCCUCAGCCGGAGCCCGACCGCGCCGCACAGGGAGCCGCCGCGCCGCAUGAGCUCCAGAGCCACUCCGGAGCCGGGAAAAGAGAGACUGUGACAGUGGAGAGGCUGAAAUGUAAAGAACAUGAUCAGGAGGGUUCGCUCUACUGUAAACAAGACCAGCGGGUCAUCUGUGUGGUGUGUGCUGUGCAGGGAGAGCACAGAGAACAUGAGAUUAUCACUCUCAGAGAGGCCUACCUGUGGCAGAAGAGCAGAGAAGGCAUCGACCUGCUGGAGCGCACGCAGGAAAUAUCAGACAGGAUCAAGAACAAGUGGAUCAGCCCAGACAUGGGUGCGGACGAGCUGGAGCGGUUUGUGAACGAUCAGUUUGACGAGCUGCACCGGCUGGUCCGGCUGGAGGAGUGGCGUGUCCUGCACCUGGUGGAUCUAAAGGAGGCUUUCCUCACUGCCCAGGCCGCCGAGAAGAUCUCUGAGAUCAGUGUCCACACGGAGAAGCUUCAGGAGGAAAUGGACUCCAUCACACAGCAGCUGAGCGACCUGGAUCAGAUGGAGCAGGACGGGGUCGCGCCGAUGUCCCUCGCCCCGCUGUUGGCCAACGCACCGGCACCGGCACCUGAAGCUCUGCUGGAGCCCAGACCACUGAUUCCUGAUUUGAGACUAAGAGCAGCCAAUCAUAGGAGGGAUGUGGAAGGUCCUUCUGGAGAUGAAGAGAGAGGAGACGCAUAUAUUGGAAAUACACCCUAAAACUAAUGGCUAAAACUUUUGCUUUCUCCCUUCAUUCCAAACUUAUCGGGAUAAAAAGCUAUGACUAUCACUGAAUGUAACUGUGCUGAUCAUAUUUCUUUAGUUUUAACCACUUAUUUCAAAAUAGCUUUGUCUUGAAGCACUUUCUUUCUAAAGUCUGAAAAAUGGAAAUGCAGGAAGAAAGUGGAAACAACAUUUUACAAGACAUAUUGUAUUUUGUCAUUUGAUAGAAUGCUGUAAAACCUUUUAUUUAUAAUUAUUCAGAUUCCACACUGGUUUGAUUAAUGAAAUCCGGUCUCUUACCUUCACAUCAUCAUGCUAUACUUAGAUUUGACUUUAAACGUAGAGGAUUAUAAAUUUGGUCUAGCUGUUCAUUGUUUGAUGCUUUUAGUUUUAGUCCAUUUGUUGGCUACCUUUUCUUUAUCAGAAUGAAAUGCACAUUUACCUGGGUCACUGAUUCCCAGUAUACCAAAUAUAUUUCAACCCUGAUCGUAACCUGCUGGAAAACCAUUUCUUAAGUUUGGAUAUUAGUAUGUUGGGUCUGGAAUCAGCCUUGUGUACAUUUUCCUCACCAGUUUUAAAUAUAUAUUUAGUUUUUUUUUUGAUAACUAUACAAUGCUUUGGUUUGGGAAAACAUGAGGUUAUAUAUUUGAUAAUGGUCAGUGUUGGGGAAAGUUACAUUUAUAAGUAAUGGAUUCUUGAACACUGCCUUUACUUCCUAAAAGUUUUAGUUACUUUUUUUUCAUGCUUUUAUGGGAAGGAAUGCAUUUUGUAUUACCUUUUCUUACUUUGGCUUGCUUGUUUUUAGUAAGAAAAAAAAAGGAUAUUUUUGGCAGCAAAUGUAAAGGCCCGUUCACAUCAAAAGGAAAAUGAAUAAGACUGAAGGAAACACAAAUUCACCGAAGUACAGCCCUGCCGCUCAAACAUCUCAGCCGUUCUGCCAAUCUGGACCACAGAAGAACAGGACGCAGGAGAAGAAAGUUUAACACUCUUACUCUUUAGCAUGGUAACAAUAAAACUUAUACUCAAGUGUGAUGUGUAUCUAAA